UAUUUUUUCUUCUUUCUUCUUUCUUCCUUUCCCUCACCAUGUCGGUACCAAUCAAUACUCAACCUCCGACCAAGACCUCGACACCCAGGGCUUCAACCUUCACCGCACGAUCGCGGAGCUCAACCUGGACCACCUCAACAAGGUGUUCGUGGCCGUUGGGUUUCUGAAGCGAGACCCAGACAAGAUCCGGACGGCGCAAGAGCACACGGACUCGCUGCUGUGAAUGGAGUGCAGGAAGACGAAGCGACCGAUGGCGUUCACGAGGUCGACGGGAGACGGCCUCCGGUUCAAACUUCCUUCGGACGCCAUGCUGGUGUCACCAUGGCAUCAGAUAGGCCGAUCCCAAGGUCUGUCGAUUUUAGGCCGGCUUGUGGACUGGCAUGGGCUGGGUGCCAGUCAAUUGGGUCGGCUGGAGCAAAUUCACUGGGUCAUGACCUAUUUUUUUGGCUGGGUGCUGGGCAAAAAGUCCUCCAGUGGACUUGCUCUAAGGAUAGCCCUCCAACAAUUUUAAAAUAUUUCAAAUCCAAUAAAUGCAAUUUAUCUCCCGGCUUAUAAAAUUGAGUCAAUUGCCUCGCCUCCCUCCCUUUUCCGCCAAUUACACCUCUCACAAAAACAAAUGGCGGAAACUCGGGGAAACGGCGAGAAAAUGCCCAAACAGAAGUGGGAACGCAGCAGGCUACUGGCCUUCGGAGGCGCCGCUGCUCUGCUCGCCGUCGCCGCUACCCUUGGAAUCACCGCCUUCAAUGCUCACACUAAGAACAGAAAGAAGAAAUAUCUUCAGGGCUCUAAGGUUCAGGCUAAUCUAUCGGCGUCCGAAAUUUUGAAAUUGGCGGACCGAAUAAUUUCAAAGUCGAAAGAGGUCCACGAUGCGGUUGCUUCGGUUCCACUCGACAAGGUUACAUAUAUGAACGUUAUUUCGCCUCUAGCAGAGUUAGAGGCGCAACAAUUUCCACUUGUCCAGUCUUGUGUGUUUCCUAAGAUGGCUUCCACUUCCGAUGAUGUUCACAAAGCAAGUGCCGAAGCAGAGCGGAGAAUUGAUGCCCAUGUUCUGACUUGCAGCAAGCGUGAAGAUGUAUACCGCGUCGUCAAAGCUUUUGCUGCAAGAGGGGAGUGGGUGAAUGCUGAAGCAAAGUACUAUACCCAGGCCUUGAUGAGAGACUUUGAACGCAAUGGGUUGAAUCUUACUUUAACUAAGACAGAGGAAAUGCAACGCUUGAGAGUCCAAAUCAAUGAGCUAAGUUUGCGGUAUAUUCAAAAUUUAAAUGAUGAGAGUACUUUCCUUCUCUUCACUGAGGCUGAGUUGGCUGGGUUACCGCCAGAGUUUCUUAAGAGCUUAGGUAAAGUUGCAGAUGGUAAAUUCAAGGUGACCCUGAAAAGUCAUCAUGUGGCAGCAGUACUUGAACUUUGCGAGGUUGGAACAACAAGGAGGAUGGUAGCAGUGGCAUAUGGAAAGAGGGGUGGAGAAGUCAAUCUUUCUAUCUUAGAAGAUUUGGUUCAACUGCGCCAUAAAUUUGCUCGGUUACUUGGCUAUUCAAGUUAUGCAGAUUAUGCAGUUAAUCUUAGAAUGGCAAAGGCACCCUCAAAGGUUUUUGAGUUCUUAGAGGACAUCUCCAAUAGUUUGACUGGCGCAGCUACCAUGGAGCUUUCCAUGUUGAAAGAUUUGAAGAGAAAAGAGGAAGGAGACCAUCCAUUUGGAAUUGAGGAUCUGCUAUACUAUGUCAAGAAGGCUGAAGCACAGCAGUUUAAUAUGGAUCUUGGAGCUCUUAAGCAAUACUUUCCAGUAAAUUUGGUUAUAUCUGGGGUGUUCAAGAUAGUGCAAGACCUUUUUGGUUUAAGAUUUGUGGAAAUUAGAGAUGCUGAGGUUUGGCAUUCUGAUGUCACCAUAUACUCAGUCUUUGACUUAAGUUCUGGUGAACUUUUGGGUCAUUUCUACCUUGAUAUGUUCAUAAGGGAAAGAAAAUAUAACCAUACCUGUGUGGUUGCUCUUCAAAAUGGUGCAUUAUCAACGAAUGGAUCAUGUCAGAUUCCAGUGGCGUUACUGAUAUCUCAAUUCCAAAAGGAUGCUGGUGGUCAACCUGCACUACUAAGAUUCUCCGAAGUUGUGAAUCUUUUCCAUGAGUUUGGCCAUGUGGUCCAACAUAUAUGCAAUCGCGCAUCGUUUGCCAGAUUUUCUGGGCUGGGUUUUGAUCCAGAUUUUGUAGAGGUUCCUGCUCUGGUGCUGGAGAACUGGUGUUACGAAAGCUUCACUUUGAAGUUGAUAUCUGGUUUCCAUCUGGAUAUAACAAAGCCUAUCAAAGAUGAAAUAUGUAAAUCGAUUAAAAGAUGGAGAUAUUCCUUUUCUGCGCUUAAAAUGAAGCAAGAAAUUCUCUAUUGUCUUUUUGAUCAGAUUAGACAUUCUACUGAAAACGUUGACAUGGCUGAGUUAUUCAAGCAUCUUCAUCCAAGGAUCAUGUUAGGUUUGCCAAUGUUGGAAGAUGUCAAUCCUGCGUCAUGUUUUCCAUCUAGUGCCAUUGGUCACGAAGCUGCUUGUUACAGCCGUAUUUGGAGUGAGGUUGUUGCGGCUGAUAUAUUUGCUUCAAAGUUCCAUGAGAGUUAUCUGAACCAGUAUGUUGGUAUGCAGUUCAGAAACAAGAUAUUGGCCCCAGGAGGAGCAAAGGAACCCAUUGAAAUGUUAACUGGCUUUCUUGGGAGAGAACCGUCAAUUCAAGCUUUUAUCAACAGCAGAUCACAAUGCCAAUUGUGAUGCAGACAGAAGUUGCCAACCCUAUUCUCCGAUAACAACAUUCAGUAUCCCGUUUGUGCUCAAAAUGAGUUUUAUCGGUCAUCUUCGUAGCGUUUGUAGGUUGCUUUAAGUUAGCAUUGCAAUUUUGGUCUCGAAAAGCUAGCAACUAUCGUUCUUGUAAGUAUUUGUCUAACGUUAGGUAUACCAAAUUUUUAGACCACAUUUGCAAAUCAUGUGAUGUGUCACUAAUAGAAAAUAAACACGUUAAUCAACAUUUAAUUAAUAAUUUAAGGUUUUUUUAUUAGCACA